AUGGGUCACCAGUCAAUGGUGAAUUCCUUUGGGGAACUGAGCUAUAGAGGCAUAAUAGGAGCGGCCAAGAUUGUGAUUUUGUCCAAUUGUGGUGGGAGGUGGAUCAGCGGACGGGGGACUCCGAACCUCAAGCUACAUAAUCUGUGGAUUCGGGGGAACGACGAGCUCACGAUUAAGAACCGGCAGUCAUACUUGCUCCUCAACUACAUCGUCAUCGAAAACGAUUGCCCCACACAUAGCGCUUCUGGGUAUACAUUCACCAUCGGAAGAUCUGAUAGAAUGACUCGACAUGGUAAAAACAACACCGCGUCAUCGGUCUUCACUCAUGCCGAACGAAUGAUGACUGGAAAUGGUAGCAAAACACAAAGAUUUACUUCAGAUUCCAUGGUCGGAUUUGAUGCCUGUCGACUAUGUCUCAAUUCGGCUCGGGACCCCCGUGUGGAUUCAGAAGGACACUUGUUCUGCCACGAAUGCAUCCUAGAACACAUCCUCGGCCAGAAGAAGGAUCUGAAGCGACAACGCGCCAUGCUUGAACGGAUGAGUCUAGAAGAAGAGGCCGAGCGAAAAGCAACUCUUGCUGCUGCUCGGGAAAGAGUCCUACAAGAUUUCGAACGAGCUCAAGCAGGAAUCUCUACGCAGACGAAAAUCAGUUCUAAUACGCCAAAUACUACCAAGAGCAGUGACAGUCUAUCUGCUCGCACCUCUGCUGCUGGGCCGCGGCUGGAAGAACUCACAACUGCUGCUGAACGUGCUGCACUGGAGACAUUAGAACGGGAGGCAUUGGCAUCCAGAAGGGCCAAAUUACCUAACUUUUGGCUUCCCUCCCUCACUCCCUCCGCUCCACCUACGCGGGUCUCGGCCCUACCUAGCUCCCAACUUCGUCCGCUCUGUCACGUCAGUAACCGUAAGGGCGAAAAUCGUGCCCACCCGAUCAAGCUUUCAGACCUCGUGGCGGUCUAUUUCGAAGCAGAGCUCACCUCCUCCGAUUCAUCUUCCAAGAAAAACUCGCUGAAGUGCUGUGCGGGUUGUCGCAAAGCUCUAAACAAAAACACCAAACUCGCAGUUUUGAAACCCUGUGGGCAUGUUGUUUGUUUAGUCUGUGUGAAUACACUCGUGAAGCCCAACAAGACCAACUUAGGAUCGGACGAUCAAUGUCCCAAAUGCGAUAAACCCACCACCAAAGUGAUCGAGAUCGAGAGGGAAGGCACGGGCUUUGCCGCGGGUGGGAUGGCUCAAGGGACUAAGUUCGAUGUCUCCUUUCAAGGUUGAUUCUUUGAACAGGAGGAAAGUGCUCGUUGUAUUGGGUUCUUUCGGUGUUGGAUAAGGUCUUGGAUUGUCAAUGAAUCCCCCAUAUCAUGCGACUGGUUCAACAAUCUUAGGUCCGCCCUGGAGAUCAAUUGUCAUCGGAUGAUGUGGUUGGCAUAGUUCGGUUUCUUUUUGCAAGUCUCUUGAUUGCUUAGCUGUCAGUAAACCAACAUCGUCAAGAAGACAGCUGAAGACGGAAGUGAAAGUCUUGAUGCAUUGAACGAACGACACUAUUUGGAUGUCUUGAAUCUAUCAAACAAUUGUUUUGAUAUACGAGAUACCUGUGUAUGUACACAAUCUAAUCAAUAAAUUUCUGGAACUUGUUCAAAUUGCCUGUUGUUACCGGAUAUCACAUUAUUAAUACUACGUAGCUAAAACAAAUCGAUAACUCAAAGUUUUCCAGCAGAAAAGUCACAGUAACAUCCUGUAACAUCAAUGUGGACAAAGAAACAUCUGGGUCAUCCAUUGGUGAAAAAGUCUAAGAAGAAAGAAAUAGGACUCUUCCUCAUUUUGUCUUGAUAUCCACUUUUGAUAUCGUCAUGGGUUGAAAAACAACAUGUUGACAAAUGAAACUAAGAAAUCGAUGGAUUGUAUGCUGCAAAAUAGUGAUAAAUGUACAACACAAAAGCAGUUUAA